UGUGAUAAGAAUCGCAUGCGGUCUGUUCGCGGCGGGCGUUUGAUGCCGUCGCGUCGCGCACCCGUGAGAAACAUAACGUUAUUACUUUUUUGUUGCAUCUCUCAGCCGACGACCGUCGUCGAUACGAUCGAGAAAAUAAUAAUAUAACCUUACACGCGCCGAUCGUUUUUCCGCAUCCGUCCGCGUUUGGCCGCCGGCCAUCUCGUCGCGAGAUCCGAGUUUUUGUGUUUUUUUUUUUUUUUUAUUCCCUUCCGUUCCGUUUGGCUUUGGUUUUUCUCUCGCCGCCACCAAGGUCCCGUCGCGGAGAACAAGACGGAGCGCAACUGCCGCGAUGCCGCCACCGUAUUAUUAUUAGUCGUUAAGUAAUAAUAUUGUUCGGAUUCUGGCCAGGAGCCCGCAUAGCUGCUGCUGCCGCGCGGCGGUAAACUUCGAAAGCGCUAAAUAUAGAAGUUAGCCGGUCGACGGCGGACGGUGCAGGCCAACCGGACCGAAGGGAUCACGCGUUGGAAAUUCAAUACAACAUUACAUCACCGUCUCGCGCGCCGCGUCAAUCGUGUCCGGCAGUGCACAUUCGCGAUCGCCAAUCGUUCAUCCGGUACUCUUUUUCCGUGCGGUCCAUAGUUUUCGGUUGUUAACCGUUUGGUCCCGUCCGGUAUCCGCGGUCUCGCUGUAGUUCUCCCGCCGUCAUUUCGUACGUUCCUCGAAAAUGAACGCGGAACUCCAAGAGUCGGUCACGAAAUGCAUUGGCAUAUUAAAGAGCGCGAAGGCCGAUACAGAGAAGUUUGCUGGUCUCUUCAUGGUCGCUAGGCUCUUGAAAAAAGAUAACUGCGACGAUCGUUCAAAACUGCAAUUGUUCGAAGCCAUCGAGUUCAAAUUCUUCAAACGUUUGUUGAAAAACACUGAUGUUUCUACUGGUUGUCCGCCGAUUGUCUACAAGUCGGUGGCCAUGAACGUACUGUCUGUGUUGUGCAGUGCUCAGGAAGUCGCCACGCACAAAGAUAUAUUGCAGAAUAUCGAUGUGUUGCUUGAUAUUGUGCACGACUAUGAAGAUGAAGAUGAAGAAGAUGAAGAUAACCUUAUGCUAGUCAACGAAGCCUACAAGUGUUUAAAUUACAUUAGAUUGUAUGAACAGGGCUUAAAAGCAUUAUUCGACGGUAACGCUGUAGGAAAAAUGACUAAGGUAUAUGCAGUAAAAAGUUUUCAAACAGAUGAAGCACUCUCAUUGGUCAUGACCAUUGUUGAGAAAUUCGGUCCUCCUUCAUGGGAAAAUAAUACUGAACUAUUUGAUUCAUUAAUGAAUAUAUUGGGAGUAGACUUUGAAACUGACCAUAGUGAUAGAAAAUUCAAAUUAUGCUCUAUUCUUUCUACUUUACUGGCUAAUUGUCCAGUAGAAGUCGCACAGAAUGGUUGUGAUAAAUAUAUGUGGCCUGAAAAAUUAUUUGUGGGAUUGAGAGAUAUAUUGACGAGCAAACUAGUUAAAGCACAGCGAGAUCCAGCAAUUAUUUUGGCUGCACAUAUGCUUACUACGUUUGGUGCUGAAUGGUCAUUACAAGAUGCAGAAAAACCAAAAGCAUUCUUCUUACUGUUAAUACAUUUGGUUUCCAUUGAAAUACGUAUGCAUUUGGAAGAUAAAAAAAUUGAACAGAUAUUGCUUGCUGAAAAUUUACUGAAUUCGUGUUUUAUAAUUCUUGAAGUAUCAAUUGCAUACAUAUCUGCGGACACUUUGGAUUUAGAACAAAAAGAAAAACAACAAACAUAUACUGCGCUUAAAGGAGCUUUUUCUGCUGUAUUAAAUAUGUUAGAAUUAUUAUCAGUAACUAAGAAACCAUUAGAAGUCAAUGAAAAAUAUUUUAUUUGUGUGAUGCUAAUGCCAUUGACUACAUGGUUAGCUCAAGAAACGUCUGCAAUGAAACCAGCUGUGAAUAAAAUUUUGCCUUUUGCUUUAAAAAUAGCAAAUGAAUCAUUUUAUGCUUAUCGUGAACGAUACAUUUCUGAAAAUAACAAAUCAUCUGAAGUCAUUACGGUAAAAGAUAAUCCUUUAAGUUCAGUAGAUGUAUUACGAGCAUUUUUACCUGCUUUGUGUCAUAUUGCAGUCGAUGAUAAUGGUCGAGCUAUAUUGUUAAAAAUUAAACAAGAACAGGUAUUGCUAGAAUGUUUGGAGUUCCAUUGGUCAAUUGCACAUUUUAAAAAACCAUUAAUACCAAAGUCUGAAAGAAGUAAACCUAGAGGGCCGGAUCCUGAAAUUCCAGCUGAUCGUCUAAAGAAAAUGGUUGAUUCUAGAGGAGCUAUUAUUAGUAUAUGUAAUACAUUCAUGAAUUUAUGCGUGUUAGAAGCAGAUUUUGUAAAAGAUAGUCCAUUGUUUUUCACUCUUAUGAAGUUUGUGUUUGACAAUUUACCAGAAUUGAAAAACAAUCAUGAUAACCUGGUUGUAUAUGGUAACAUGGCUGUUUUAGGUUUGAUGUUACUAAAAUUGAAGACUGCUUACAUUAAAAAGAAUGACUUCUCUAUCUGCCGUUACAUACAAUCAACCAUAAGAUUUUUAUGGGACGCUUAUACUGCUGAAGAAAACAGCAACAGUUCACGGUAUGCUUUGGGUCAGUUAGUUGUAGCAAUGACUUAUAAAGAAUCAUGGAUCGAGUUGCAAGAAUUGUGGUUCUUGGGGAUGCAAAAUCUGAGUGGCAUUUUAACCCUUGUUCCGUGGAUAUCAGAGUUUGCAAUUGAAAGUGGUUGGGCAGAAGGAAUUAUUGACAUGUUGGUAAAGAUUAGACCAGGUUCACUUCCUACUAAUGUUAAGUAUGCUUAUGAAGACUUAUUAUGUCGUCUUAUUGAUGCUAAUAGUGAUUUAGUGGCUACACUCAAGAAAAAAGAUGCCAUCACAGCUUGCCGAGGUCAUAAAUUCAUGGAAUUGGGUAAAAAAUUGUUUGGAGAGUAAUUAUAUCCUAAUUUGUAUUUUAUUUUUCAUAGCAUUUAUAUUUUUAAACAUUUGUU